ACGUGCCACGCCGGCGCAUUUUCUCCACAUUCUUUUGAAAGAGGCGGCAGCAACUGAAACGAGCGAGGGCUCCGCGCGAAGUAGGCCUCGCAUCGAAAGACGGAAAGCACGCGAAAUAUGGGCUUUUUCGACAAACUCGUCAGUUUUCUCGGCUUGAAGAAGAAGCACGCCAGCGUCUUGGUAGUCGGCUUGGACAACAGCGGUAAAAGCACCAUCCUAAAUCAUUUCAAAUCCGACGACCAAAAGGCGAUGGACAUUGUGCCUACUGUGGGCUUCAACGUGGAUUCUUUCAAGCUGAAGAACUUGGCGCUCACGGCUUUUGACAUGUCCGGCCAGGGAAGGUACCGCAAUCUCUGGGAGCAUUACUACAAGGACACCGACGGGAUCAUCUUUGUUGUGGACAGUACGGACGCACUGAGAAUGGUCGUGGCCAAGGAUGAGCUUGACAUGAUGCUACAGCACAAGGAUUUUAAGGAUCGCCCUGUGCCGAUUUUGUUUUUCGCGAACAAAAUGGAUCUCAGGGAAGCUUUGUCCAGUGUGAAAGUAAGCCAGGCGCUGGGAUUGGACGUGCUGAAAACGAAGCCAUGGCACAUUUGUGCGAGCAAUGCUCUGACUGGAGAAGGUUUGCAGGAAGGCCUAGAGUGGCUCAGUGAACAAAUACAGGCACUUCUGCAGAAAAAGAGGUAGCCGGAAGAAGGGACUUGUAAUUAUUUUCUGAUCGCGAAACGUCAGAAUGCAGUCUCCAACGAAUCCUUUGAAACUCACUCAGUUGAGACGUGUUCAUCUCGAAUGCGCGAUGUUUUAUGUGUAUGUUCAUGCGCAAGUUUAUUGUUACUAAAAUGAAUCCAAAGCAACGAAUGUUUGCUGCUUGGAGCAUGGGUUUAAUUCGUCUGAUUUAAUUCGUCCGAAUUAAUGCACCUGCGAUAUGUAUGCCACCUGAAUAUGCCGGAUCGCGCUAUAUGCUCCAUGCAAUUAAAAAGAAAAGUCUUUUCGAAUUAAAAAAGAAACACGGUAUAUGUGACACCUGAAACUGUGCAAUACAUUGUUAUUGUGUAAACUUUAAAUGUUUUUCAGACUUAUAAACGACGUUUGCUGCUUUACUGUCCUGUUGUGUAAUUGUUCUCGAACAGCGCGAACACAUGCAUCCCGGCUGACCUUGCAAAAUUGAAUAUGGUGUGGUUCUUCUCUCACUCUCCGUGCGUGCGUGUGUGUGUGUGUUUCACCUCUCAACUAUUACUGUUUAGGAAACAAAGGUGUCACAGCUAGUUUGCAGCUCGUCACGCGCUCCAUGAAUCUUUGCCGAGCUUCAUUAACUUACUACAAAACAUUUGCAACCGUCCAACAUUUGGCUAACGUAGAACAAAAGCUCGUCUAUUACGAAAGGUCGAUCGUCCUACCCUCGCUCGUAAUAAACGAGCGAAGGCCGUGCUCUAUAUCACUUUUAACGAACGCUCGAUUAUUGCGAACGAAGGUAGUGCGAUCGCGCCGUCUCCUCUCAUAAAAACGAAGCGUUCGUUGUAGAAUUUUUUUUAUCUUAUAAUGGCGCUGUGUCCAGAUAUAACUAGCAUGUCUAGAACGACGAAUCGUUGAUUGGUUGGCUAUAUAUGUG